AUUGUUCCAUUCUGAGGAUUUGAAGUGUUCCUUUCCUUCCCUUUUGACGGUUUCGUAUAUUCAGAGUGAACCGUUGUCAGGAUACACAACACAGGCGGUUCAGACAGCGCUGUCCAAUAUCAACAUGGUUUCCUUACCCUUCAAAACCUUUCGAAUAUCAAGGACCAGCGCCAAUGGUGCAGUUCCUGGAGACUCAGUUAGAGACGCUGAUGGUCGGACGACCAACAAGGAAGAGAAAGGAUUACCAAACGGUGGUCGCGUUUCAAAGACCCAGAUCAAAAGAGCAACCCAGACACGGAAGACUUUCGGUCUCAUCUCAUCCUUCUGCCUCCUGAUAUCGUUCAUUUUCCUUAUCAUCGUCAACAUUGGUAGCAUACGACCAUCGGGUGCCUUGGCGGACAUCUAUUUUCUAAGAAUCGACCUCUCGAAUAUCGUUCCGCAAUCAAUCCCAAAUGCAGUGCUUCUCAACUCCAUUGCGCAGACGUUGGGUCUUCACGACUAUUACCAGACCGGUCUCUGGAACUUCUGCGAAGGUUAUGUCAACCAGGGGAUAUCUGCGUGUUCGAAGCCGCACUCGUUCUAUUGGUUCAACCCCGUUGAGAUAUUGCUGGAUGAACUGCUUGCUGGCGCUUCAGUUGCACUCCCGGCGGACAUUCUCGACGUCCUUGACAUCCUCAACCUUGCCUCAAAUUGGAUGUUUGCCUUGUUCCUCUUCGGAACAGUGGUCACCUUCGUCAUGAUCUUCUUGGUCCCUCUUACCGUCUACUCACGAUGGGUAUCCCUCGUUAUUGGAACGUUAACUGUUAUCUCCAUGGUAGCGGUGGUCGUUGCUUCCGUCGUUGCAACGGUGAUGUUCAUCAUCUUCAGAAAUUCGAUCACUCAGGUGGCUGAAUUGAAUAUUGACGCGGAAAUUGGGAAGAAAAUGUUCGCAUUGAUGUGGAUCGCAAGCGCGUUUUCGGUUAUCGCGGCUCUCAUUCAGAUGGGACUUUGCUGCUGUUGUGCAAGUCGGCGAGACGUCAAGACAGGAAGGAAGAGAGGCAACGAAAAAGCAUAUUCCUCCACUUUGGCGGUGUCAGAGUCUCAGGGACGGAAGAGAGGCUUUUUCGGACGGAGGAAGAAUGCGUAGAUGAGUUUCAUCGUGUGGUCUGGUAGGAUUCGGCUGUUCCUAUGUGCAGAUAUGUGAAACGGCAGUGGAUUUUGACAACCCGCAG